AUGUGCGAAUCUCGGCUUAUGGAACUCCUUCAAAUAACGCACAAUGCCAAUGUGCACAUCCCUAUUAUCUCGUCGUUGCUUCUGUCUGCAGUGACGUUUUUAUGUCUUCUGUUUAAAAGCUAUCUAUCAAAAAAACUAGAUAAUUCUUUCUGGAACAAGCUUGCACCCAUUAUUUGUGCUGCUGCGGCUUUAUCUCAUUUUCUUUCUCAUUCCAGUGAAUAUUUGGGUGGUUUUGAACAAGAUAUAGAAGUAGAAAAGCCGGUUGAGGCUAAUUAUGCAUCCCCAUCAUAUCCCAGUGUUGAGACGUCGCCAAACUUUUGGACUCUUACAAGAUAUCUUCCCGUUGCCAUGGGUUCUUUGGGUGCAUUCGUUAUUUUUUAUCUUUUGAAAAUAGCUCAUAAACACGGUUCUCAUCAUCAAAAUCUUUUGGAGUGUGGAGUUUUAUUCUCUUUUGGAAAGUCUGAGUCGACUGGUAAUUCGACCUUUUUCAACAUGAUGCCUAUCUCUGGAUUCGAGGCUCUAGCUUUUCAUAAGAUAAUGGAGACAAUGGCUGUCAGUGGUGGUAUAUCUGAGGCCAAAAUAUUUUAUCAAUUGAUCUAUUCUUUGCUUCCCUUUUUCUGUGUUACUUCUACCCUUAUCGCUUGCAAAGUGUUAAAAUGUGAUUCCAUCAGCAAUGAGUAUAUGUCAAAAGUGCUUAACGCACUAUCUAUUGGAUUUUUUGGCUUCAUUGCUUACGAUCUUACCUUAGAUGCACUUUCCGGCGGUCACCACUGCCACUGCCAUGGUCACGGCCAUGGUCACGGUUCUCUGACCAAAUAUCCUUUGGUCAAAUGUAUAACUUCAUGUUAUAUGCUAGCUCAAUUUAUUUGUCUUGUCUUGAUUGUGAGGUAUUCUGAUUACAUCUCAGAUUCCUUGGCGAAAUAUAAUGAUGGCAAAACUACAAUCAGCAUUUUUGGAAAAGAAAGACGGCUUUAUCUGCUUGCAGUUUUCGCUAUCGGAUUGUUGGAUCUUGUGUUUUUCUCUAUGCUGAUCCUUUAUGUGCUUAUUAAAAAGAUACCUAAAGCAGGGUUUAGCAGCGAUUUAUUUGGCGGUAAGCCCAUGAGAUUGGCCGCGCUUGUUCUUUUUACUACGUUGGGCUGUGCAAUCUCAAAUGCCAUCCAUAAUGUAUUGCCAUCCUCUGGCGAUGGGAAAAAACCAUGCUGCGGAAAGCAUCACAAACAUUAG